AAUAUGGAAGAGAGGUUGGUGGAGGCUUUAAUAGGGCUUGGGAUCACAUGUGAUUACGCAUUGCAUUCCUUGUUGCACAUGUUGAUGGCCUCAGGGACCGGUACUUGGACGAAAUCAGCAUUGUAAAAGCUUUGGAUCCACAUAAAAUACCUAAGACUCGAGCACCGAUGACUACUUGCUGUCGCUGCAGUUCUGCAUAAUUGACAUUUUCAGAUAUCGUGUUUGUGGUGUGAGCAGAUGUGAUCAUCAGGAAGAGAGGUAAAUGUUUCAUUUGCUGAUUUUUCUAGUAAAACAAUCAAAAUUGUCAAUCCAUAGAAGAAGUGUAAAGCAAGGCAGCUUUAUUUAUGUAACACAUUUCAAGCACACGGGCAAUUCAGUGUGCUUUAUAAUUAGCAGAAGUUAUGUUGUUUCAGUGCGCCUGCAUUAGCCUACUGGUAUGUGUGUGUGUGUAGCCCAUGUUUGGUGUGUCGCUGUUGAAGGAAAAAAACGAUGUAUAAAAAAUGUACAUCUGUAACUUACCAGAAUUAAAAUGCAGAGAAUAAACUCUCACACAAACACUCUGGAUGGUGAUGUUUGGUCACCUGACAGCUGCGAUCCGACUUGUAAGAUAUUUGGCCUCUGUGGAUUUGCCACAAGGUAACCCGUUUCCCACGUUUUCCCCUGGCAAUCAUUGCGCUGUUGCACCUCACAACACAGCAACGAUUUACCGUGGUUAAAUAAUAAACAAUCAAAUGAAUAAUAGAUUAAAUAAUGCUGCAAGACCAAGACUGAGUGUUUUGCUGUCUGAAGUAACGAGCAACAAGUUAGGACUCUGAGGCUGCCAACAUAGCGGCUGUGUCGGUGAUGACGAUACGAUUCCAAGCCGGUUGUGGCAGUUGCGUUGCAUGUGUUAAUGACCAUCAUGGCCGUCUGGGUAAGGGUUAGCUUAAUUCCAUCUACCUGUCAAUGAUCAACCUUAUCCAGGUUAGAGUCCACUUUCUGUUCAGUGUUGAUGUGUAUUCAUCUCCGGUUCCGAUUUUGGCCCUGGACAAGGGAACGUCACAGGAUUCUGGAAUUUGCAGCACUGGAAUAUAGCUUUAAUUAACCUAUUUCCGUUUCAGAGUGUUCUGAAUCCUUUGGAGGGGAUUGUUGGUGGUCUGGCCUUUUUGCAAUAACCCGUUAAGAACCGUCAUCAGAGGGAUGGGGUUUUUUUUAUGACUGUUUUUCUUCUGUUUUCAUGCAGCAACAGUCAAAGAGAGGAGGAGAAUGAAAGUUCAUGCCCCACCUCCGCCACAGGUCCCUCAACCUGCCCCACGUAAUUUAUUCAGAAACUCUGCACCUGAUGGGGGAGGGGCAUCAGCCAUUGAUGCCAAGGAGAACCUACUAAAGCCCACUGUAGACGUCCUCUUAACCCUACCACAUGGGUAUCAGACGUCUGUCACAGAAGAUGGGAGUAAAGCUCUGAUGGACUUGCUCGUCGAGGUGUGCAGUCGCCACCAGCUGAACCCAUCUCUGCACACCCUGGAGCUUCUUUCACCAGAAGGUCACUCCUUGGGAUUCAAGCCCAACGCACUGCUUGGCUCCCUCAACGUGGCCUGUGUGCUCAUCAAGGAGAAAGUUGCAGAGGAGAAAGCGCCGCGUAGACCAGCGCCCAAGGUGCCAGAGAAAACAGUGCGUUUGAUGGUCAAUUACCACGGCAACCAGAAGGCUGUAGUACGGGUCAACCCAUUGGUUCCUCUCCAGACGUUGACACCAGUCAUCUGUGAAAAGUGUGAUUUUGACCCUGAACACGUCCUGCUCCUUAAAGACGGCGUCAGUCGUCAUGAGUUAAAGCUGGACAAGUCUCUGACGGAGCUGGGCAUCAAGGAGCUCUACGCGCACGACAAGAGUCUAGUUUUCCAGCUUAAAAUGGCUUCUGCUCCUGCUCUUAACUACUCAGACUCCGUUUGUUCCAGUACUACCAGUUUGGGUAGACCUCAAAAGAAAGGCUUUUUAAAUAUCUUCCAGUUCAGCAGAAGGAAGUCCAAGACAGAAACAAGAUCUAUGAGCAUGGAUGACUUUGAUGAUGAUAAAAUUCAAAAUACAGACUCAAAAUACAAUGGUCUGUCCACAUCAUCGGGGGUCCCAAACAUGGGGGUUCAGCCUGGCUGUCUGGGCCAAUCCCAGUCUGUCACUGAUAUUCCCAGGAUGUCAUCUGCAGCAGAGACCAAAAAGAGAAGGGCCCCAGCACCACCCGGUGCUCCGACACCCAGCCUGGGACAAACCAGCCUAACGAACGAUCAGGUUGGAUUGGAAAUCCAAAGGAAAAGAAAGGCUCCAGCUCCUCCUCUAACUCCAACCUCCUUCGCCCAGGACUCUGAUGAAAUUUCAGCACCUGCUGUUCUAACUCUUGAUCACCACACUUCUGAAAUUCCCACCCCAGCUUGCCGCAACAAAGUGGCACAGUCAACCACGGUCUCCGAAGUCACAGUUGACAUACAAACUGUAAAGCCAUCUCCUCGCAAAAGAACAGCACAACCUCCACCCGUGUGUGAUGCUGCUCCGACCCCCCGUUCUCCAUCCCCGAGCAGCAGCACCACAGACAGCCUGGCUGCGCAGGACUCCAGCUCGGAGUUCAGUCGCAGCCUCGGUGACUCGGAUGUUGACCUUGAGCAGGCUGGUUCUUUCUGCAGCACCAGCAGCACAGCAAGCAGCUCUGUGCAGGUCCAGACCACCACUAAAGACUCUAGCAGCUCACCUGGUCAAGAUGUUAACCCAGACAGCAGUUCCGGGUCAGACACAGGGUCGGCAUUGAACCUGAAGCUGGAUGAAGUGGAGAACAACCGACACAGUGGAAUGGCUUGGCUGCAUUCCUCCAGAAGCUCAUCCUCCAGUGUCCAAAGACAACAACCCUUCGCACCGGAGGCUGAGACUCUGUCUUUGGACAGCAGUGGUGUUUGCAGCAUCCUUCCUGACCAGGGCUCCCCACCAUCUGAAGGGAUGGCAGAGGGUGAAGAUUCUGGUAUUGUUAGUUCUCCAUCUGAUACCCAGCCAGCCUCCCCAGACGAGAGUCUAUCAGUGGAUGGAAGAACUGAGGACAUAGGAAAGAAACUCCUGGAACCACAAAUGGACACUUGGAGUGACAGUGAUGAGGGUUGUGCCACCUGGAGACCAAAACAAAGGCAUGACACAAACCCUCAGGAGCAAUCAGUCAACGGCUCUGAAGAUGACUCAGAGCUCACAGCUCAGCUCCAUCAGACUUUGGCUGAUUUGGAAGCAGACCUUGCAGACCAUGCAGAUGUUUCAGCUAGCGAUACCUCCUAUACCGAAUCCCCUGACAGUAAUGAUGUACCCGUGUCCUUAGUGGACAUGUACGUGCCAGUCACUGCCAUAGAUGAGGUACUAGAAGACUAUGAAUGUAAUGAUGAGUAUGAAGUGAAACCGCAUACAAAGACUAGUUCAACUGGUAGCAAAGAAGCUGGCUUUAGACACGAUUCUGAUGUGGUGCCACAGAACCAAAACAACAAUGCUUAUACAGCUGCUGCCAGUUGUAGAAAAAGUGGUAAAAAUGAUAAGAAAUCUGAGCAGGGCGUUGAGUCACAAGAGAGCCAACUUACAGAUGGGAAAAAGGAGGAGAUGACGCAAAAGAAGAACAUUGCUGAUACUAAUAUGGCCAAAGACGAUAAAAAUACUAUGGUAGUGAAGUCUGACCCUGACAUCCAAAAGAAGAGUGAGACAGUGGAGAUCAACCCUGAACAUGUGAAAAUGACCCGUCAGAAAUCUCAGCAGCAGGAAACUAAUCUUUCUUCAGGGAUUCAGAGAUCACUGCUUGCAGAAAACAAUAAAGAGAUACAGAGAGCCUCCCAAACCAGCUCCAGUUUUAGCUCUUCACACGGUAAAAUCACUCCCAAUGUCACAUCGCGUUUUGGUUUGAAAACAUUCACAGUGGUCCCUCCCAAACCCUCCGUCAUACAUCUGACACAGCCAGCUGUCACCCUGAGUAACGGUGCCAUAAAGAUAGACGAUCAAGGAAAUAUGGUGACAGCAGGGUUCUCUCACAAUAAAGUCAGCAGGUCAUCCGAUUCCGAAAGUAACAAGGGUGGCCCUCAUUGUGAGAAAGCUCAAUUGUUUUGGAGUUCUAAUGAAAAACAAGAAAAUGUCAUAACUCAAAGGAAAGGGCUGAUUGAAAAGGCUGAAGACAGCACUGGUGGCUUAGAAACCAAAUCAAGGACCAGCAACACAGAGCAAACACUACACAGUUCCUUCUCUGAACCUGUGAAGAUAGUCCAGCCAAAAGUGGUGGUGAAAGGAAAAACUGAAGAGCAUGUGAAAGACAUCACAGCUGCAAACAAGACAUGGGCUGAGACGGAGAGCAAGAGUUCAGUGUCCAACAGUGUUCAGGUGCCAAGUAAACCCGUCCUUCCCCCUCUUCCACCUUCAGACUUGAAAAAGCAGCUGAACCUCCUUAAACCAUCUAGGCGAACAUCAAGCCAAUAUGUGGCUUCAGCUAUUGCUAAAUACACCUCUGAUAAACCUACCAGCAUCUCUAAAGUCUCUGAGUGUUCAGAAUCAUUGAAGUCACAGACUGGUGCUGGCUUCCAGAGAUCAGGACCAACUGUCCAAGUGACUCCACUCUCAUCCUCCCAUCCAUCUUUGUCAAAUAAUACCUCUGCACACAUCUUUCAUGGUAGCAAGAGGCCUGUUAGCCCUUCUAAGUGUGUGUCACCGAGUCAGAGAGGUUUGGGAGAAGUGAACUUGAACAAGGAUGGUGUUCAAAGCUGUGCUAUGUUCAAAGAAAGUUCCAAUGUGUUGUACACAGAAAUGGCCAAGAAUAAUCACAGUCAAUACAAUGGAUCCGUCCAAAAAAGUGAGAUUGUCAACAAUAAAGAUUAUAUCAAACAUGUUCAACACAGAAGUUCAAGUCCACCAAAAAGCAGCACUCCGCAGCCAUCCUCCCAACCACUGAACUCCACUAAGAUCACAUCCCAAAAACAAAUAAAUGGCACAACGGAUACAACUCAAGAUAACCUGAAGUCCUCUACCCCAGUAUCAAACAGUUAUGUGGCUCCCGGGCCUGGGCCUGUGACUGUGUUUGGACCCAUCAAAAAAUUCAGACCAGUCAUUUGUAGAUCUGUUGAGAAAGAGACCUCUCUGCACAGUAGCCUGAUGGAGGCGAUCCAAACAGGUGGAGGCAGGGACAGACUGAAGAAGAUCUCCUCCGGACCUUGCAACCAGGACAAAGUGACUUAUGUUGAUGAGGAAAAUGAAAGAUCUGCUCUUCUAGCUGCCAUAAGAGCCCAGAACAUCAGCAGGCUAAAGAAGACAAAUUCAGAAGCUGCCACUGAGCUCGAGCAGUUCAGGACGGUAACCUCUGAUGAAGGGCAAUGUGUAAGAUCUUCUCCAUCACCACCUCCUCUGACGUGCUCUUCUCCUGGCUUCACUUCGCCACCUUCUCCACCACCUCCUCCCAUCUUGCCUCAGAGUAAACCCAACUCUGUGUUUCAAAUAAAAGCUAAAAGCUCCACGGACCCCGCCCUAGCUAGGGAAGCUAUGCUGGAGGCUAUUCGCUCUGGAGCUGGUGCGGGGAAGCUGAAAAAGGUCUCUGUGCCCCGAAAGACUGUCCAAGUGAACGGCAGACUGGGAACGAUUCAGGCAUCCUCAUCAACGGUCCCUCAGCAGUAAGAAGGAGCAUCCACGUCACAGAAACAUUCUUGUUUUUGUUUUUUACAGCACUCUUAAAAGCCUUAUAAUAAAUUAGGCUGAGUCAGUUUUUAGUUUUUGUACCUAAGCUGUUAGAAGCCUUAUGUUUAAAUGAAUGAACAGCGGGUAUGAUUAUAAUUAUUAUCCACACUAAUGCUUUUCUUCUUUUUAACACUGCUUAUGCUGAUUGUCUUUGUUAGUUUGUCUGUUAGAAGCCAAGCUUUUCUAAUCUACAGACGAUGUCACAGGAGAAUGUUGUUAGAUUACUUUCACCCACAAAACUGUUUCUUUUUACUUUUUGAAAAUAAUUGUAAACAAAUUUAUGGGAAAAAAAUGCAAUAUUCUUGAAUAUUUCUUGCCAUGUGUACUCAAACCCAGCAGUUGUAAGCAGAAUUUAAGAAGAAUGGGAAACGGUGCCAAUAGAAUGAAACUUAAUGGUACAGAAGCCUUUUUUAUUCUUGCCUUUACCACGACCUACGGGUGCCUUGCUCUGGUUUCCAGUCAGUGUUAUGCAUUUAUGUUUGCUACAUGGAGUCUAGAGUGCAAUGACAAAACCAAAUUCCAAAUUUAAAGUAUUAGAUUUUUUAGCCAAUGACGGUUACAUUUUUACAGCAGCUAGAUUCACUGGUAAUGCUUCAUUAAGAUCGUUUCAUGCAGGAACUGAUGCAUUAUCACCAUGGUUCCAGCUUGUUUGUGCCUGUUAGCUGAUCUAAUGUUUAGGCUUCUAACUUCAAUUUGUUCUGCUGCUAAAAUACUAACUAUUGUCAAUAAUAGUUCAUCUUUCACAAAAAAAAAAGUUUAUUUUGGUGUUCUGCUGUUUUAAGCACUUUUGAUUUACAUAUGUGAUAGAGGCCACCAUUUAAGAUUUUCUUUUUAUAUUAAGUCAGUAAUAAUAUUAUGGAAAUGUAUAUUAUAGAAAAUGAAUGAGCAGUAAUAUGGAAGAUUUUAUGUUUCUCUAAUUUAAGCAUUUGCAUUUUUUCCUUCUCCUUUAGUCAAAAUGAUCUUGUGGAGGAGCUAAGGGAGACCUGAUGUUGCCAUUAAAUGGCACUCAGUGGCUGUUAAUGAAGAAUAAUGGGCUGAAUCACCUUUAGAAUGAACUUUGAGCAUUUGCAUUCAGGUAUAAAAGUUUGCUGCUGUUAUUAAAGGGGUUUAAGUUUAUAUAGAGGUUUUUUUUCUCCUAAAGGUAACACUGCAUAUUGGUUUCCUCCAGCCUACAGCACAAUAUUGCAUUUUAUUUAAUCUUUUGUAAAAAUUAGACUUGAUUUAUAUCGCCAGUAGAGUGAGCAUUUUAUAAACUAUUGCCUUUGUUUCCUUUUUGGAGAGUUGCUCAGUUAAAUUUGUUUACCUUUCUUUUUUGAUCCAAUAAAUAAUUUUGUAAUCAAGCAAAAAAACUG